AUGGGUGUCUGAGUCGUACAAGAAUAGACCUUUCUCGGGAACAGGUUUUUAUUGCACACUAGACUCGAGCUGUUGUCGGAAGUGUUGAUGCGUUCGGAAUUAUUUGUUUGCUGUGGAAUGCAUCCAUUAGUUGUGUGAAGAUUUUUGCAAUUGUGCGUCGAAAAGGAAUAAAAUCCGAGGGGAAAACUCUAUACUUCCGCAUCCGAAGCGCGCCCUGCACGCUCACACACAUCGAAAGUGCAAACUUGCGCCUGUUGAACGCCAAUAAAUUGGAUGCUUAUCGCGUACCAUCGCAGGCUGGACAGGCUUUUUUGGGGCCUGGCUGGAUUCAAUCCAUUGCAAACACUUCACCCGUGAAGUUGAGUGCGUCCUCAGUUCCGUUUUAUUUUUAACAACAAUAACAGCAGCAACGGCAACGGCAGAAAAAAAAAAGCAACAAGGUUUAGUGGUUUUGCGUGUUAGAAUUAAUUUUCGACCCGUCCUUGGCAAUGUCGGAUAAACUGAAGGAACCGCCGGGAAGCAGCCGCGACAGCACGAUGGAAGCGAAGAAUGCGGUCGAGGUCCCACUGGCAGGUGCCGAAGGAAAGGCGAAAACACCCAGCAGACCCUCUCGGUUUGACUGGGAUGUUCUGAAGUCCCCGAAAGGGAUUCUGAAGGUGACACAAGUGGUUCUCGGAAUUAUCAUAAUCGGAUUGGAACAUCCUCGCCCAUUGAGUAAUUACACGGAUACUGAUUAUGUUUUAUUUUUCGUCGCAAUUUAUGCUACCCUUGCUACGCUUGUGAUUUUGAUAGAUGCACUACAAAAAUCGCACUACGCGGAGAAAAGUUUUGGGUCAAAAUUUUGGUUCCGCAUUGAACUUCGUUACACGGGCAUCGUGGGGAUUGUGUUCCAAAUCCUCGCCUGUUGGGUGUUGAUUAAUGCCCUUCACUUUUGGCAGGUUCCGGUUCUGAACGUGGUCGGAAGUGGUUUUGCAUUCCUAGUAAGCAUUGUGUAUCUAGUCGAUUGGUGGCGGCUCUUCAGUGGAAAUUCCAUUCCGGCAGAAGACGCAACAGCUCCGCCUACUGUGGAGCAGAUUAUUGUGGAAACGAAAUAAAUCUAUCGCCUGCUGUGCCAUUCGUGAAAGGGCGGAUGUGCUGCAAAUUUUAUUAUGCGAAGCACGUCCCAACAGUGAGUGAUUCUAAAUUGGGUAACAUUUCGUAACCAUAUUAAAAAUCAUGAGAUAUCAUUUAAGAUAACUACAACUAUGUGAAUUCACCACAGCUCUUCUCCAGCCAACAAGCGCACGUUUGUGCGUGCUGCAACAGUGUAAACAAAGGUGCCGAUCGGGAAUCCCCGUAUCUGUGGUAAAUUUGCGAGUGUAAAUUAGUAUGUGUCACAUCACACUCACCGGAGUUUGUUUUUAUUACAUUCGGUGGUGAAUUUACGGUGAUACCAUCCAACAGCCAAUGUAUUCAGGCCACGACCGCAGAAAUAUUUAAAAAAAAAAACAAAACAAAAAUCGUAAACUAGCCAAACGCCCUUUCCGAUUAACGGAACCGGAGGGACCGAAAUUAAGAAUAUACACAUUUACUAACAGUCUACCGUCACACUACUCGGUUGCCCGUCUGCGACUUGUCCAGAAACUAUUGAAUUCCGACUUCGAUGUCGAUGGCGAUGCCGAAUCGACUCGAGUGUACGGUAUUUCGCGGGUAACGAAGCUCACCUGAAGGGGAAAAUCUGUAUUCAACAGGCUAACUAACCGAUCCAUGUAUGGGAAACUCACCAUUUAUAUAAAUGUAUCUACAGAAUAGUUGUAAGUGAAAGUGUUUUGACGAAUUGGUGUAUUUUAAUAAAGCAAACUUUACAUAUUUAUGUAUAUCCAACAA